AUGAAAGCUCUAGCUACUGUCCCACUUACAGAAGACCUAAUCAACCAGAGACGCAAUCUAGGCAACAAGUCAACAGAGUGGAGAACUAGGUCAAGGGCAGCUGAGCAGAAGGAGCCAGUGCCAGAGCCAGAGCCACAACCAGAGCCAGAGCCAAAACCAGAGCCAGAGCCAAAACCAGAGCCAGAGCCACAACCAGAGCCAGAGCCAAAACCAGAGCCAGAGCCGAAACCAGAGCCAGAGCCAAAGCCAGAGCCGGAGCUAAAACCAGAGCCAAAACCAGAGCCAGAGCCAAAGCCAGAGCCAAAACCCAGAGCCAGAGCGAGAGCCAGAGCCAAAGCCAGAGCGAGAUCCAGAUCGACAUCCAGAGCCAAAGACUGUACCAAAAUUAGAGUGGUGUACGAACUUGUAUUAUAUGAAUAGCUUCUAGUUUUCAUUGUCAUCAUUGACUAGAUUUAUUUCAACAUAUCUCACUUCAUAAAACGAAAGGGAAGUAACAUUGUUCUGAUGUAUUGUAAUUCAAUUCAAAUGCUUUAUUGAUGACAAAUGUUUUUUUUUUUUAAAAAAAAAAACCUUGUUGACUUAUAGACUAGACGUAUAAAGCUAUAAGUAGUUAAUUCAUGCGUACGUCCAACAUUUUACUGUAGAUAUAUAAUUUUUACUCGCCAUCAUUUAUUUAUAGGGAGAUUUAAAGCAUGUAAAAGGUCAGAUAAAUAUUUUGUUAAAAUUUUUACUGUACAUGUUAAGUAGUUGUGCAGGAUAGACCUUAGAAAUGCUGUUUAAUUUAAAGAAAAAUAAGAAACCUCUUUUUUUUAGGGGGGAGGUGUGACGUGGCCUAGAUGUUCAUAGCGAAAGCGUGUAGGCACGGAGAGAUUGGGUGUGAGAGUGGCCUCCCCUAACAAGGGUGUGAACUCUAGUGUGUAAGCAGUGUGUGGUAUCGUCAGCUUAGGGUAGCAUGUAGUCAGUGUUUUCGUGAAUGUUCACUGUUUCUCUGUUGUAUUUGGAAAAUUAUAUUGGAUUAUUACAUUUGAACUGUGUUUUAAAUUGUGUUAUACCUUGUUCCACUAUGAAAUGGAAAGC